AGAAUAAAAUAAAAAAAAUCAAGCAGCUUUGGCCUUUUGCUUCCCAAUUCCGAAUAUCGAUCCUUCCUGACCCCAAUUUGUCGUCUUCCCAUUUGUUGGAAUAUUAUUUUCCUUUUUCUGGCCCUAGUAUCUACCGCAUUCUUCAUGCUUUGAUUUGCAGAACAUGGAGGUUGAAGUUGGGAUUCCAUUUCCAUGCCUUCAGAGGAACGUAUUUUGUUUCAGGUCGUCUUCUCUCGCCUUGCAAUCCCUUGGUCAAAUCUGCUGUCUAUUAUACUUUAUAAUUUGCUGCAGUAAACGACAUAUUCUAAGCAGUUGAAUCAAUUUCCGCUUUUAAGAUCUUUCUCAGAUCCACCCCUUCCACUCUCACUCCCACUCUUAUUCACACUCACUGUUUUCUUUAGCAGUUCCUAUGGCGGAAAUUACGGACACGAGAUCUGCAUAUAAAAUUGCUUUCACUCUUUUCGGCGCUAGAAUUUUGUGAUUUUACAGGUUUAACCUAUGGAAGCAAAAUACAAGAGCACCGCGGAAAUCAGCAUGACGGAGAAUCAAAAAUCGCCGAGUAACCAUGUAGUCGUGCAUAUUCCAGCCAGCGAAAAGGAAGACGCCUCCAAGGAGCACCACCACAAAUUUGCAACCGAUUCGCCUCAAAAAGCAUCGAAUGAUUCCACAUUCGGUCCUCGCAGCUCUGCCACUCCGCCGGCGACCUGCGCUUCUCCAGAAACUUCAAUUCCGAGCUCCAACAAGCCUCCCAAAAUCCCCACCGCCUCUGCUCUCACCAAAAGGAAAUCACUGUCCCGGUCAGUUUACUCGAAGCCGAAGUCACGAUUCGGCGAACAGUCAGUGGAGAUUGACGCUAAGAUGUUCGACGAAAGUCCAUCCCUAGUUGAAGGCCACCCUCUGUCCAGUCGAGGCUCCCCUGUUUCCAAAUUGGACACCACUGCUUCGACCAUUAGAGAAGUUAACAGAACUGUGUCGAUAACUCCGAGAACGCCGCUGAUGUCGUCACCCGGAGGCCUCGGCAGAGCCAUUGAGGUAGACGAGGGCGAGGAAAUCUACAAAAGAGUGAGUAGCCGGAGGAAACUCAAGCACAGGAGGGUGAAAACCAAGGUUCUGGUUGAGUGGCUGCUGUUUCUGUCGAUUCUCGGGUGUUUGAUCGCAAGCUUAACCGUCGAUAGAUUGAAAGGAAUGAGGCUAUGGAGCUUGAAGAUUUGGAAAUGGUGCGUGCUCGUCUUGGUGACGUUCAGCGGCCUGCUCGUGACGAAAUGGCUGGUGCAUUUUGCAGUUCUGUUGAUUGAGCUGAACUACAUGCUGAAGAAGAAGGUCCUGUACUUCGUCUACGGCCUCAAAGGCAGCGUUCGUGUCUUUAUUUGGCUGGCAGUGGUUCUCUUUACCAAAGUGUUGCUGCUCCAGGAAUCGGUUGAGCGUUCGGAGCUAACCAUCCGUGUCUUGAAGUUCAUAACAUGGACGAUCACCUCGCUGCUCAUCGGCUCAUUCUUGUGGCUCCUGAAAAAUUUGCUGCUGAAGAUUCUAGCUUCGUCGUUUCAUGUGAAUACGUUCUUCGAUAGGAUUCAGGAAUCGAUCAAUCAUCAGUACAUCCUGUUGACCUUAUCUGGCCCUCCUCUGAUGGAUUCGGCGCAAAUGUUGGGGAAGACACAUAGCGAUGGAAAGCAGUUCAGCUUUGGGAUCACGAAGAAAAUCAAGGAAGGUAAGGAAAAGGGAAAGGAUAAGGAGAAAGAGGUGAUCGACAUUCACAAACUCCUCCAGAUGAAGAGGGGGAAGGUCUCUGCCUGGACGAUGAAGAUGUUGAUUGAAGGAAUCACGAACUCGGGGUUCACCACGAUCACGAAUGUGAUAGAUGAAAAUGCCUAUGGCGGAGGUAAUGAACAGAUGGACAAGGAGAUAACGAAUGAAGAGGAGGCCAUUGCUGCUGCGUAUUACAUUUUCAGAAAUGUUGCACAGCCGGGCUGCAACUAUAUUGAUGAAUACGAUCUAAGAAGGUUCAUGAUUAGAGAAGAGGUCGAGAUUGUAUUCCCGAUGAUUGAUGUGGCUGAGACUGGACAGAUCGAUAGAAAAGCUUUAACCGAAUGGGUGGUGAAGGUUUACAAGAGCCGGAAAGCGCUAGCCCACGCCCUUACCGAUACCAAAACUGCUGUAAAGCAGCUGAACAAGCUUGUUACCGGGAUCUUGAUCGUUAUCAUCAUAAUCAUAUGGCUUUUAGUAACCGGGAUUGCAACAACCAAAGUGCUUGUCUUCCUCUCUUCGCAGAUACUUGUAGCUGGUUUCGUGUUCUCGAACACUUGUAAGACUAUAUUCGAAGCGAUCAUCUUUGUGUUUGUGAUGCAUCCAUUCGAUGUUGGUGAUCGCUGCGUCAUUGAUGGGGUUCAGAUGAUUGUCGAAGAGAUGAAUAUCUUAACGACUGUACUUCUCAAGGCUGACAACGAGAAGGUGUUUUACCCAAAUUCGGUGUUGGCUACGAAAGCCAUCAGCAAUUACUACCGCAGCCCGGACAUGGGAGAUUCAUUCGAGUUCUGCAUCGACUUCCGGACACCUAUGGAGAAAAUAGGUGGGCUGAAGGAGAAAAUAAAAAAGUACUUGGAGAAGAAUCCGCACCAUUGGCAUCCGAAUCACAAUGUAGUUGUGAAGGAGAUUGAGAAUAUCAACAAGAUAAAGAUGGCUGUUUUCAUCAACCAUACAAUGAACUUCCAAGACUUCCCGGAGAGGAACAGGCGGCGAACUGAGUUCGUGUUGGAGAUGAAGAGGAUUUUCGAGGAGCUAAGCAUUAGAUAUGAUCUCCUUCCUCAAGAAGUUCAUCUCUUUGAGAAAUCUGAAACUAGCAAAUGAGUAUUAUGUAUCUGGCCAGUUCAUGUGGAAGGAGGAGCCUCAACUUGUACUGAAAGGAGUAGAUGCUUCCAUCUGCAGAUUAAAUCCAUUUCAGCUUCUUGCAGGUAAAAAUAAAUCAAUCAGACCAGAAGAAAUGAGAAAAACUACACUCCGCAAACCCG